AUGGACAUUCUGAAUUUCGGCAAGGUGUUCAACCACGGGGACAUAGAAAAGAAGGUCCGCCUGAUCCUAACGCUCCUCCAAACCCUGAAUGCACUUGUGUUUGAACAGCAGGAAGAGACUGACCACGACGGCAACCAUGACAACCCACUCAUGUCUUGGAUCCUGCAGUCAGUCGUGAGUCCUCUGAAAGGGAGCUCCAACGGGGACGUUGUCGAGAGCAGCAGCCGUCAACAGAUGGGGGGCGAAAACUCCAAGAGUAAACCUCCACCAGAGCAGCGGGAGGCUGAGGACAAGCAUGCCUCCUCUGACGGCGACAUCAACACGUUUGUUGCUGGGUUCUGGGACUCCCUCAGCAGCUGGCCCAAGGCAUCGGAGGAGGUGGAUGCAGCGAAGGCGCCUGGGGCUGAGCCUGGUGAAACUUGUGACUCGCGGUCGCUCGUCGACAAGAAAGCUGGUGGUCAAGAUAUGGACCAUGGAGCCUCAACAGAGAGAUCUCGUCGUCAAGACGCUCAUGGCAGCACUCGGAGUCCCUCAACCAUGGACUUGCAAACCCCUCUGCACCUCAACGGAAAAGUGUCAGAGCUCGUAAGCAGAAAGGAUUCGCCUCUGAAACAUCUCACUACAAAUCCACCGUUGGAUCUGAACAAGAACAUGAUAGUUGCUGGUCCUCCCAAACAAAGUCAGGGUCAUGUCAACCAGAGCCAGGCUCAUCCCAUGCAGAGUCAUAUCAGCAAUGGCCAGGGUCAUGUCAACAACGGUCAACUGAAGCACGGGAGUAUAGACCUGGCAGCGGUUACUCGGACCAACAGCUCGAGCAGCACGUUCAUGAGCCCCAAGAGCAAGAACAUCUACGUGUCCGACAGGCCGACGGUGCGUGUGCAGGACCCUCACUUGCAGGACAUCAACAUCUACGAGAGAACCCACAUGCCCAACAAGGGCGGCAGCUUCCCCGCGCCUCUGCUCCUCACUCCCCCGAAGUCAGAUAAGAAAAUGUCCUCUUCCCCGCGAUCAACUCCGCGGGUGCUGCAGGUCAAAGUCUUGACGCCUGUCGGGAAAGACAAGGGUGAUCUGCAGAAGACAGUCUGA